CAUGACAGAAGUUGUCACAGAGAGAUUGCAGGCAGUCGAUCAGUCGUGAAUGUACAGGGUACGUAUUGUAGUUGCUUUUGCAGUUAAUGGCUGCCAACAACAGCUUUCAAGUGAAAAUAGACCCAGAGGAAAACAGAGGUAGAGAUCAUUCUUUCAAUGCUGUUACCAACCAAGAAGUCAGCACACAAACCGAUCACAGUAUGCAAGGUCACAGCCCAAGGCUUUCAAAAGUGAACUUGUUCACUUUGUUAAGUCUCUGGAUGGAGCUUUUCCCAAUGACAAGAGCGGAGAAAGAAAAUGACAGACAACAGGUGAAAAGAACCGGCCUGGUUAUCGUUCACAAUAGAAAAAUCACUGGAUUGCACUGCUCCAGCUCGGAACUGCAUGCAGGCCAAAUAGCUGUUAUCAAACAUGGAUCUCGGCUGAAGGGAUGUGAUCUUUACUUCUCCAGAAAGCCUUGCUCUUCUUGUCUGAAAAUGGUUGUAAACGCUGGGGUAAACAAGAUAUCCUACUGGCCCGCUGAUCCAGAAAUGAGCCUCUUGCAGAACGAGACGGUGAGUAGCAGCAGCAGCCCCGACGCCAAGCUUGAUGCCAGCGCUGCGGAACGGCUCAAGUCUAACAGCCGACCUCACGUGUGCGUCCUCCUCCAGCCUCUAGCCUUCAACAUGAACCAGUUUGUGGAGGAAACCUCCAUGAAAUGUGACUUCCUGCAAAAAAUGUGCCUGGACCCCACUUUCCAACUGGAAGAGUUCUUCAUUGAGUACCGAAAGCAAAGGCUGAAGGAAUACGAGAAAGUCUUCUUGGUUUCUAACGAGGAGGCACACAAGGGCAUCUUAAUGAACAUGGGCUUGGAGAACUUCUGUGAGAAUCCUUAUUUCACCAGCUUACGGCAGAACAUGAAAGAUCUGAUCCUCCUUUUAGCCACAGUGGACUCCAGUUUACCUGACUGUGCAGGAUAUGGAUUUCACUGCAGAGAUACUCAGCUAGGUGAUGAAGACCGUGACCAAGGUUUAUCACAGGGCACUGCCAGGCACUGCAUGGUACAGGCCAAACUGCUGGCAUACCGAACUGAGGACCCUAAGACAGGAGUCGGUGCUGUCAUUUGGGCAGAAGGGAAGUCUAGUAACUGCGAUGAGACAGGGGCCAUGUAUUUGAUUGGCUGCGGUUACAAUGCCUACCCAGUGGGCUCAGAAUACGCAGACUUUCCUCAAAUGGACGAUAGACAGAAAGACAGAGAAAUACGGAAGUUUAGAUACAUCAUCCACGCUGAACAGAAUGCCAUAACAUUCCGGUGUAAGGAAAUCCAAGAGGAUGAGAAGACAAUGAUUUUUGUAACCAAAUGCCCAUGCGAUGAAUGUGUGCCUUUAAUUAAGGGAGCUGGAAUCAGACAGAUCUACACAGGAGAUCUGGAUUCUAAGAAAGUGAAAGCUGACAUAUCAUACCUGAAAUUUGGCAGCCUGCAGUGUGUUCACAAGUUUACUUGGCAGAGGAAUCCCGAGGCCAGCUCUGUUACAGAACAGCACACCUCCACCGUCAAAGCUAACGGCUUCUUUGGUAAGCAUCACAGAGACUUUGAGGAGGAACUCCAGACAAACAAAAGGUCAUGCGUUCAGGAAAAAUGACAAGGCCUGGGUUCCUGAGAAACAGAGAAAUAUGGCAUUGGAAAAUUUAAAAUAUUUUUUAUUGUCUGUGUUUUACUUGUAUGCAUUCUAAACUAAAUGGUAAUGGUUCAUUUGAAUAUUUAAUACACUACAGAUAUACUUUUUAAUUAUGUAUUUAUUAAUUUAUUUGCUUGCUACCAUCCUAGCAGUAUAUUACAAUUUGAACUCCUGUACUUGCACAAAGAGACUGAAGCCCUUUUUUACCAGUGAUGUUUACCCUAAUACAUUUACCAUUGCUUUUGGUGUUUGGGCUUUUUUUUGGGGGGGGGGUUUUCCAGUUCUCCCAGUAUAUCGCUUUUCUCUCUUUUAGUUUCACAAGCAAUUUCUUACCAAAUGGAAAUUUGCUAGCUCACCAUCAUUGCAAACCCCUGCCCUUAUUUCUGAGAGGUGAUGCUUCCACAAUUACAUGUGUGAGGCAUACAUCCCCACCACAGCUGUAACUGACAUCGUUAGAGCUGUGGAGGCCUUUCAAUGCAUUUCCAUCAUUCCUUAAUUAACUUUUUAUUUUCUUACAAAACUAGAACCAAACAACCCAGUAAUAUAAUCUUAGUUCUCCUAAGCACUCUCAAUGUGCUUGUUUCUCAUUUUGUAAAAGUUAAUUAAAGAUGGAGGAAAUGCUUUGAAUGUCAUGAAAAAGCAGAUCAUGACCUACAUCGACAGGUUAUAGAAAUGUGAGCACGACAG